AUGGCAGUUUCUCUAUGGAAAUCAAUUUUAAACCUCACUCAAUUAACCAAGCCUCCUAUGUCUUGGGAUAAUAUGCUUGCAUGGGCUUCUACUACUUGGAAAGGUGUACAUCUUCACAGGUUUUUUACCAGUUUUGUGCAGAGUGUUCAAAUGAACUGGCUUGCCAAAGCUUCGGUUGUUGUCUUUCUGCAACUGUUGCUGUUAUUGCAGAUUGUGACGGUAGAAGGUAAUGUAAAAGCAAGACGGGUGCUACCGAAUGCGAGUGCUGAUGGAGGGUCACCGUGGCUCAGGAAUGUAGCGAAUCCGAGGCCGAGACCCGGUGGAUGCAUGUUCACGCCGUGGAUAUGUGAACAAGGGCAACAUCCUCCCACAGCUCGGAUGCGGUGUUGUAGGAAUCGAUGUGUUGAUGUUUCUUCCGAUGAUGCUCACUGCGGGUUAUGCGGGCUUAGAUGCCCGUUUACUUGGCGAUGUUGUAGGGGGAUAUGUAUUAAUACGAACAUUAGUCCUCGGCAUUGCGGUAAUUGCGACAACCAGUGCCCGUGGGGAGUUCCGUGCAUGUAUGGGAUGUGUGGAUAUGCAUGGCCACCACGACCAUUCCCUCCCCAUCCGCCAAGACCGUUCCCUCCCCACCCACCAAGACCGUUCCCUCCUCACCCACCACGACCGUUCCCUCCCCAUCCACCAAGACCGUUCCCUCCUCACCCACCACGACCGUUCCCUCCUGAUCCACCACAACCGUUCCCUCCCCAUCCACCAAGGCCGUUCCCUCCUCAUCCACCAAGACCGUUCCCUCCUCACCCUCCUGGGGUUUGCCCUCCAGGGUCGCCUCUACCCCCAGGCAAUGAUCAACCACCUGCAGAGAGUUGA